AUGCGCCCGUCUGAGCACUCGACUUCCACUCUGGUUACGACCAACAACAACAACACCCGCUCAGCGAGCAACUCGCUAUGGCCGAUGCGUUUCUGCCUGCUCCUGCUCCUCACUCUUGGAGCCACGACUGGGUCGUGCAUGACCGUUGACGAGAUUUCAGUACUACGGUUAGUUUCACCUCAAUUCAUCCCGUCCAUCGUCACCUCGUCAACGCGCAGGGGAGCACGUGAGGCUGACAACACCCCCAGACAGGACACGAGGGACUUGUUCUACCAUGGAUACGACAGUUACAUGAGAUAUGCCUUCCCCGAAGACGAGGUGAAACCGAUUUCCUGCACGCCGCAGACCCGCAACAGAGAGAACCCGGCCGACAUUGGCUUGAACGAUGUCCUGGGCAACUACAGCUUGACUCUCAUCGACUCACUUUCCACGCUUGCCAUAUUGGCCUCCGGCCACACUGGCAGCAGUCGCGAUCGACGUCACCCUCUCCGCGACUUCCAGAACGGCGUCGAAGACUUGGUUGAGCUUUACGGAGAUGGAACGGACAACAAGCGAUGCGGCACACGAGCGUGCGGAUUCGAUUUGGAUAGCAAGGUGCAGGUCUUCGAGACCAACAUUCGUGGGCUUGGUGGUCUACUAUCGGCGCAUUUGUUUGCAAUGGGCGAGUUGCCCAUGGAGGGAUACAAGCCGGUCUACAGAAACGGCAAAGUUCCGGGCAUCAGAUGGCGCAAUGGAUUCACAUACAACGGGCAGCUGCUGCAUCUGGCAUACGACUUAGGCAAGCGAUUACUGCCUGCCUUCGAGACAUCCACUGGCAUACCUUAUCCGCGAGUCAACCUGCGGACCGGCAUUCCCUUCUACCGCGAUUCGGAGAGCGGCGUCUGUAGAUUGGACGGCACUUCCACAGAUCCGCGAGAGAUUGUCGAGAAUUGUGCCGCCGGCGCUGGGAGUCUGGUGCUAGAGUUCUCAACCCUCAGUCGAUUGACCGGCGACCCACGCUUUGAGAGGCUUGGCAAACGCGCAUUCUGGGCGAUAUGGCAACGCCGUUCUGCCAUCGACCUGCUCGGAAACGGAAUUGACGCGGAGACUGGUCAGUGGACUGUACCUGCCCUCUCAGGCAUCGGCGCUGGCAUCGACUCGUUCUUCGAGUAUUCGCUGAAGUCACACAUACUCCUGUCUGGUCUGUCAUACAACACCACUAUUCCCCACAUGGACGCUCCGGAGAGCUUUUUGGAGGUAUGGCAGCAGGCACACGCCGCCGUCAAGAGGCACAUCUACAACACCAGCCUGAAAGAGAAGCACCCGUACUACGCGCAAGUUGAUACUUUCACUGGAGCGCUCAGGUACCAUUGGAUCGACAACCUCUCUGCAUACUACCCGGGACUUCUUGUUUUAGCUGGCGAAUUGGAUGAAGCAAUCGAGUCACAUCUUCUUUGGAGCGCACUCUGGACGAGAUACAGCACAUUGCCCGAGCGAUGGAAUACCCAGCAUGCCACCGUCGAUCCCAACUUCAAGUACUGGGUCGGACGACCAGAAUUUAUUGAGAGCAACUUUCAUCUGCACCAAGCUACCAAAGACCCAUACUACCUCCAUGUUGGCGAGAUGGCUAUCAGAGAUAUACGCCGCCGAUGCUGGACCAAGUGCGGCUGGGCUGACCUCAGCGACGUCUCAACAGGCGAGCAGAGAGAUCGCAUGGAGAGCUUCUUCUUGGGAGAAACGGCCAAGUAUCUGUAUCUUCUGUUUACUGAAGAUCAUCCACUGAAUAAACUCGAUCGGCCAGUCGUCUUCACAACCGAAGGCCAUCCACUACUGAUCCCCGACCCGUCCAGACGGUCUGGACUUCAUCAUGAGAUCAAAAAGCAGAUGCGACAGGUGGAACGUAACGCACUUGCACCAGCUCCGACUUGUCCUGUGCCGAAACAACCCAUGCCUCUUACUGUCAGCAAUACCGCCAAUCGCAGUGAUCUCUUCCACGCCGGCGCGCUCGCGCAAUUGCACAUGGUCCCCAUCAACCCUGCCCGAUCUUCGCCUCUGCUUGAGAAGUCACCCAGCGGUCCUGGUAUCUCAUACGCAGAUGUCAGAAGCCCGUCCAACUACACAUUCUACCCGUGGACACUUCCACAAUCUCUGAUACCAAGUAAUGGCUUCAGUACGCAAAUCACAAGCCCUGUCACAAGCUCCCUGACCUUCCCGAACCUUGGCCCGAGCACGCCAGAAGCUGAGAAAGGUGUAAUACCGAUGGGCGCAUUACAUAAGAUCCUCGAUGGCGUCUUGGUCAACUCUCUCUCCAACUUGCGCUUGAAUAUGGUGCAGCAGCCAAGAAGCGUUUUGCUGCCAGAUGAUACCGGUGUCCUAGUUGAAGCGGCAAUCGGAGACGAGUUCCGCAUUCACGGCAUCGCAAGUUUCCAUCUGGGCAGAGACGAGAAAGUAAUCCUCACUGAUCAAGCCUUGAAAGGCGUGAAUCCAACGGAUCCCCAUUUCACCCGUAUCAAAGAUCUCGAAAUGGUGGACCUGGUCCUUGAUAUCCCGACGCUCCCCAUGAGCUCAGAGAGCGAAGUUCUUGCGGAGGUAGAGGUUGAAGAGAGCAGUACUUUGGACUCUUUGAAAGAUGAAGUACAGGCUUGGGUGUACGACCUUCUGUCCGGCUCCCAGCCCACCGAUAAGCCUAUCAGUGGUCCGUCUUCACACAAGGACACGGCUUUCACACGCCAAUUUAUUCCAGCUAUUCUACCCACUGGAGCCGGUGCAGCCCCUUUCCCCGCGUUGAUGGAAACGGAUCCUGUUCCAUUGACCUCUACCACCGGACGUCUGCCGUUUGGGAGCAUUUUCCACCUGGACAGUACCCUCUGCGAUCAUCGCCUGCCCUCCGCGAUUGCGAAGUCCUUCAAUAUCCUUGUCAUCUACAGAGGAGGCUGUAGUUUCAACGAAAAACUGGCAAAUAUCCCAAGUUUUGCACCUUCUCCCGAUGUCCUGCAGCUCCUCGUCAUUGUCUCUGUCCCGGAAGCUGGCAUGGAGAACCCUCUGGGAGAUGGGCUGACUCGCCCUCUUUUGGAUCAACCACAGCUCACUCCCACUGGCUUUGAGAGGAGAAAUCCCAUUGCCAUGGUCAUGGUCGAUGGCACCCAAGAGGUUGUCGCGAGCAGUUUGGAACGCAUCGCAACGGGGAAAGGGUAUUUUGAUGAGAAGGGACGGUUGGUUGAAUCCAAGACGCACGUGGGAGGAGGACUCGCAGUCAAGCGGAGAUACUGGUUUGAGAGCAUGGGUGUUCCGAUAGUUAAUCUUUUGAUGGCUUGA